AUGUCUUUACAUAUCUAUAUCGCUCACUCUGGUGAGCAUCUUCUCGCAGACCCGGUUUCCUUUGCUUCACCGGAUGCGUUGAAAUCAUGGAUUGUCCGAAAUACCUCUAUUCCACCUCCGAGACAAAUAUUGAUGACUGCGCGGGGGAAAAAUGUCAAGAUACAAACGCUAGCCACUGAGACUGAGAUAUUUGUUUAUGAUCGGCAAUAUGUGAGCGACCCGGGCGAUGUUGAACUACCGGAGCUACCUCAACCGGAACCCUUGCAGUCGACGAACCCACCAGCAUCUAUCACCGACCAGAACGACCUUCACUCAUGGCGAAAUCUUUUCAUGAAAAGGCGGACCUGGGCUCUUGGUCUUUCCACUCGCUGCGGAGAAACUGCGAAAAAGGGCCGCGAACACAAUGAGCGAACCGAGAUCAUACACCGAGGAGUGGGUGUGGCUUUGGAGAACCUCAAAUCUCAUGUGGGAACGCUCGAACACCGCUUCCAGGAAGCACAGACAUGGGCGAACACGCUUGUAGAGGAGCAGCAGGCGGCUCUGGAUGGCUGGCAGCGUGCUCUCUCAACUCUUGAGAGUAUUCCCGCGCGGAAGGACUUUCCUUUGCUUGGUCGCCCAUCCACCCCAAAGAAGGACAAGGACAGGCCCACAGGGACCCUCCGCGACUUUGUCGACGUGUUUGAGGUUGAGCAAGCUGGAUCAGACGCUGCUCUAGCGUCGCCACGCUUCUCUGCCCAAAUCCAAGAUAUUGAGAAGAUGGUCACCGACAUUGCUGUGGAGACACAAAGUUUGGUGGACGAAACGCCACCUGAGCCAGACGCUGGCGAUGAAGGGCUUUUGGAGGAGGUGGAAACCAUUGCAAAGAAAAUCGGCUCUGACUACGAACAUGUCCUUGGUUUACCCAACAACCAGAAGAUGCUGGCAACCAUUUCUAGGCUGGCCCUCAGCCAUACACAAGAUCUUCUUCCCUCGCUUCUCGAACUUAGUAAGGAUAUCCAGCAUACCAUGGAGGAGUCAUGGCGACGCCGUGAAGCUGCAGAGAAGAUGGCCCUUCAACAGAUGCGAACAAUCUCACAUAUUGAGUCUCGCCUUGCAGAUGCCCACACCCAGCUUGUCAAUCUUGACGUGAAUAGCAACGCGUUUGACAUUAUAUACUCUGUCUUCCAGAUGCCAAUGGUCUAUGGAUCAAUUCUGAUAGAGUCUAUACGUCGCCGGGAAUGGAGCGAUAAGAUAAAAGCUGACUCGCUUAGCUUGGCGGAGGAAAUGGCUGUUCUCACAGACGAGGAACAAAGACGCCGCAAGAAAUGGGUCAAAGUCAUGGGCGAUUUCAUAUCAUUUGGAGAUACCACUGCCCCGGGAAUCGAAGUCAACUUUCAGGGCCAAGAUGAUGGGUGGCCGGAAGUCAACCGGAAAGAGAUUGAACUCUACAUCGAUGAAAUAAGGACGAAACACUCACUGUCAAAAAUCGCGGAUGAUUUGUCCGUACAGUUCAAAGACUUGGAUGCACCAACACGUCAGCAACGGCGUCGGGCCAAGGCAUUCAAGAAUGGAAGCGUUUUCGAUUUGGGCAGAAGCUCGAUAUUACUACGCGGUGAUGACAUGGUUCGAAGCCUGCAAGAGGAGAAAACCAAGCUCGAAGAAAGAGUCAAAGGAUCCGACAGCCGCAUCCGUAAGCUUGAGGAUCUGCUGCAUCGCCAAAGUCAUCUUAGUCGGCCCUCAAGCGGUAACUUCGGCCCCGACUUUCCGAGCUCACCAGCGUCGCCGCACCCCGAUGCCAUGUCGCGUCGCUCCUCUGUUUCUUCAAGACGAGUAUCAAUGACCCAGUCCCCGGAAGAUCGCGCGCUGGUCCAGCGCAUCGUAUCACUCGAAGCUGAACUAGCCGCUGAAAGGGAUACUGUGCAGAGGCUUCACAAGGAAGCACAUUUUGAACGCCAGACAAACUCUGACAAGUACCAAGAAGCCCAGUCCAAAUAUAACGAAGCUCAGUCCACGAAAGAAGACUUGAUUGGGAACCUCGAGGCUCGGCAACGUGAAUUCGAGGAUGAGCGGAGAGAUCUGGAAGCUGAACUUAAAAAAUACCGACACCGAAAUGAGGAGGUUGAAGAAGAGCUAGAUAGGCUCAUGGAUGGCCGCGAUCAUGAAAGGCAAGAAUCAGACGAGCGCAUCCAUCAACUUGAAACCGAACUACAAAACGCCCAAGAUACAUCUGCCGAGGAAGCUCAGAAAGCCACUGGGCUCAAUGAUCGCAUCAAAGCCCACGAGGAGAGAGACCAAGAACUACGGGAAAAGGUUGAAAGUCUUGAGCACCAUAACAGCAAGCAGAACCAAAGAGACCAAGAUAACUACAACGCCCUCCAGUCAGCCUUCAUGAAUUUAUCACCCGGAGGAACCGUUCCGCCCGAACUUCCUAGCCUCAUCAAAGCCGUUGAUAUUCUCUCCGAGGGUCUCUCCAUUCAUGCUAAAAAUGCCGAGGAGAGCGCAUCGCAAGCAGCGGAAGAAAUUAAGUCCCUUGGUGAAAGAAACGCUCAACUCGAGUCGGAUCUCCAAGCGGAAGCAAAUAGGCUGGAAGGCAAACAAGCUGAAAUAUCACGACUUACACAAGAGCUUUCAGAAACACAAACAAAACUGGCUAGUAUCAGGUCUGAGUUGGAACACGAGCGUUCUGCUUUGCACACCUUGCAGACUCACGUAUCAGCCGGUCAAAGCGGAUCCGAUGCCUUGCGAGAACAAAUUGCCGAGGAAGAACAAAAGCACGCAACUCUUACUCAAAAACUCGCAGACGCCGAAAGCGAAACCCGGGACCUAAAGAACAAACACUCCGAGUGUGAAAAGAAGCUCGAAUGGGCUUCCCAGACGGAGGAGCAGGUUGUGGCUCGAAUCCAUGCCCGAGGAGUGCGAUCCCAUGAUGUCUCUAAGCAGCUCCACUCGCAGGUCGACACUCUGGUGCGGAUACUUGAGCAGAUGGGCUUUGCGCUUAUUCAACAGGACGGGCAUCUUGCCGUUCAGAGAGCUUCUAAAGUUAACGCCUCGUCCAGCCUUGGGGAGAGUAUUGCUCAAUCUGGGAUCGUCUCGGCGAGACCCGACGCUUCUUUACUGCCUUGGAUGCAGGCGGAGACCCCCGAGGAAGAAGAGUCUAAUUACGCCGCGUUCAUCGAAAAUCUAUCACGCUUCGAUUUCUCGAUUUUUGGGGAGGCAGUCAUCAAACGUGUCAAGGAUCUUGAGACGUAUGCUCGCAAGUACCUGAAAGAAUCCCGAACGUACCGUGACCGCUAUCAUCGGGUUCAAAGCGAGGCGCACGAGAAGAUUGCGUAUCGCUCCUUUAAGGAAGGAGAUCUCGCCCUGUUUCUCCCUACCCGAAACCAAGCGAUUCGUUCGUGGGCAGCCUUCAACAUCAAUGCGCCUCAUAAUUUCCUGCGCGAGCAAGAUUCUCACAAAUUAGACACGCGAGACUGGCUAUUGGCUCGCAUCACCAAGAUUGAAGAGCGAGUAGUCGAUCUAUCCAAGUCAUUGAACAGUGCAGCCGCAGACCGUAACUCACUCGGGGAUGCCAGCGACGGCGCGUCUUUAGAAGAUGACAAUCCCUUCGAGCUUUCGGACGGUCUCCGAUGGUACCUCAUCGAUGCCGUUGAAGAGAAGCCUGGCGCGCCCGCUACGCCGGGUAUCUCGAAAAGCACCGUUGCCUCCGCGCAUGUUGACGCCAAAGGCAGUAUACGUCUCAAGCGACCGACCGAAGAAAGCACCGUCGCCCAGACUCUAUCUAAAAGCUUAGAUAGCCGACGUAAUAGUUCUAACUCCAAACGAGGCACACCUACGCCCUCUCACAAGGCGAACGACUCAGCCUCGGAUAUCGUUCGGCCAGCCGACGCGGAUACCGGCUCUCAGACUAGAGAGGCCGCACCGAUAUUUGACGAGAAUCAGGAUCCCGCAUCAGCAUCAGCAGCGCAGUUACACAUCGGUGCUACAUCACCAGCAUCACCGCCUUCGCGAUCAGCUUCUGGUCUGCGACAGGCUAGGUCCCGUCCUUGGGAGAAGCUAUGGUCAAUGGACUAUCGUCGAGAGGAAAGUGGAACGAGAUAG